UUACUACGAUGCGUCUUGUCGGAAUCAGUAAUAAACAGUACCUUUACAAUUUGUUGGUAAACAGACACGUAUUCUAGUAAUUUUAAAAUCAGCCUCGUUCUUUCCACAGACCGCUAAAAGGUCCAUAUUUUCUGAGAAUAUUUUUAAGCAAAGCACUCUGCAACAGCGAUUGUAAGUGUAAAGUAUCGGACUUAGGCUUACAUAUUUCUUUCUGGAAAAUUCACCACUGUCAGUUAUAUUCACAAUAUAUUGGAGACGCCACUAUACUUAUAAGAUAUUCGUAUCCUGACGACGCGUGGAUAUGCUCAAGUUAAGUUCCACGCCCAUGUGGGCGAUAUUAUUAAUAUUGGCUUUUCUAUGCUCUGUAUUCAUUGCUGAAGGUGUUUCUUCUGUGAGUCGCCGCUCAGUGAGUCGGUCCGGUUGUCAAAAUUCAACGUAUCUGUAUAUACAAGAGUGUGUUGAAAAAUGUCCCACUGGCUAUUUUCCAAAUGCAGACAGUUUGACUUGCCUACAAUGUAGCGCACCCUGUCAAACCUGCACGGGUACUUCAACGAAAUGCACAAGUUGUAUUGCGCCAAAGUAUCUAAAAGGCGACAAUUGCGUAAACAAUUGUUUUCCGAUGUUAUCUAAGGGGCCUGCCAGAAGCAGUGUACGACUUGUAGGAGGGGCAUCCAAUUUCGAGGGUAGGGUUGAAGUGUACCACAACGGGCGCUGGGGUACAGUAUGUGAUGAUGGAUGGAAUAUAGGUAACGCCAAUGUCGUCUGUAGAGAGCUACAACUAGGGGACGCGCUUGAAGCUGUGACAGCCGCUGAUGUAGGCUUUGCUCCUGCAUCCACUAGGACACCGAUUAUGCUUGACAACGUUAACUGCCAAGGCAAAGAAAGUAAAUUAGAAUUUUGCGUGCCUACUCUGUCAUGGGAGCUUCACAACUGUGGCCAUAAUGAGGAUGCAGGUGUCCGUUGUUCAGGUCCUGACCGUUCCCGGCUAUGUGUGUCGUCAUGCGGCGAUGGAUAUUAUCGCGUGCCGAACAGUAACCAAUGUCAAUUAUGUUCGGAAGAUUGCCGAACGUGUUACAAAGUGGAAACGCAUUGCUUAACUUGCUCGCAUCCGAGAUUUCUUGACGGUAACAAAUGCGUCGAAAUCUGUCCCGCUGGUUACUAUGGCAACCUUGAUAGUCGUACUUGUAAACCGUGUAAUAGUAAUUGUCGCAACUGUGAAAAUGGUAUAAAUAAUGAUAUUUGUACCAGUUGUCACGACGGUAUGUUUCUAAGCGACCGAAAGACCUGCAUCGAAAGUUGUGCGCCCUACCUUUCCAAGAAUAUGCCAAUUCGCUUAGCAGAUGGCAACACACCAUUUGAAGGACGUGUGGAGGUUCUAUAUUAUAUGGGAGUGAACUUUUAA